CAUUACCUAGUCCCAACACCUCUCAAACUGCUCGAAAAAUAUAGGACGAAAUGAAUGUUCUACUUGAAACUCAAACAAACUGUCAAAAAGUUGUUUACAUUUUUUUUAUCAUUGUUGAUUGAUCUUGUCAAAAGGUUCACAAAAUUUAAAAAUUUAUAAUUUCUCCGCAUCUAGAUGGGUAAAAAGUGCGCGGUAGCCGGUUGCUGCAAUCGGAAUCGAUCUGUUUCGCUUCACGUGUUUCCGAAUGAACCAAUACUUCUGAAAAAAUGGGUAGAUUUCUGUGGAAACCCGAGGCUGACCGACGCUGCAGAUGAUAACCUUCUUUUACAUAGACGGAUUUGUUCCGCUCAUUUUACUAAGGAAAGUUUCUUUGACCCUACCAGAUUUUCAAAGGGACUGAGAAAAGGAGCUUUUCCUAGUAUAAAAAUGUCCGACGAUUCAUCUACUCCAAUGGAAGACUACUUUGACGUUGAGUAUUUAGAGGAAGAAGAGGAAGAAUACAGUGAUAGUUCCGAUUGCUUUACGAAAAAAACCAAGUUGGAAUACUUAAAUUCACUGAGAAGGGGAAUAAUUGCACUUAACGUGGUAGAACACUUGUUUGAGAUGGCGACUUCUGGUUUCAGGAAAAACAGUCGAAAGUGAUGAAAUACCAGCCAAUAUGGGCAUUUCCUGCAACAAUACAAAGCAAAGCCUUGGUGCUACAUUCCGAUUCGGAACUCGACCUUUUGUUUAUUAUACAAGGACUUCACAGCGAACUGUUUAGUGUACAGGACAAUUGCGGGCCUAGCGCUAUGAUCCUACUGAUACUAACAUUCUUUCCUGAGCCGAGACUCGAACCUACGACGAUUGGCUUGGUAGGCCAGCAUCGUACCUUGGGAUCAGCUGGAAGGUUCUGACGGCAAUAAUGCAUAGAAGCUAAAAAUCGACCUCAAGCACAGUUUUGAAUUCUGAGAUGGCGACUUCCGGUUUUUGGAAUACAUCUAAAAAUGACUUAAUAUGAUUAUCUCCGGAAUCAGAUUGAUGCUCAAAGGCCAGAAAUUGACUCCACGUGCUAUCUUUAAUUCCAAGAUGACGACUUCCGGUUUCUGUAAAUCAGCUGAAAACAACCGAAUACCUCGCAAUAUGCGUAUUUCCAGAAUCUAGGUGAUGUACAGAAGCCGAAAGGCGAUGAUUUUCUAAUUCCGAUAAUACCAAUCAUUUU